AUGGCCGGCCCGGGCCCCACCUUCCCGCUGCACCGGCUCGUCUGGGCGAACCGGCACCGCGAACUGGAGGCCGCGCUGCACAGCCACCAGCACGAUAUUGAACAGGAGGACCCCCGGGGGCGCACCCCCCUGGAGCUGGCAGUGUCCCUGGGGAACCUGGAGUCUGUGAGAGUCCUCCUUCGACACAAUGCCAAUGUGGGCAAAGAGAGCUGCCAGGGCUGGGCAGUCCUGCAGGAGGCAGUCAGCACCGGGGACCCUGAGAUGGUGCAGCUGGUGCUGCAGUACCGAGACUACCAGAGGGCCACCCAGAGGCUGGCUGGCAUUCCGGAACUGCUGGACAAGCUCCGUCAGGCCCCCGAUUUCUAUGUGGAGAUGAAGUGGGAGUUCACCAGCUGGGUGCCCCUCGUGUCCAAGAUGUGCCCGAGUGAUGUGUACCGCGUGUGGAAGCGGGGCGAGAGCCUGCGGGUAGACACCAGCCUCCUGGGCUUUGAGCACAUGACCUGGCAGCGUGGCCGGCGGAGCUUCAUCUUCAAGGGCCAGGAGGAAGGCGCCCUGGUCAUGGAGGUGGAUCACGACCGGCAGGUGGUGCACACGGAGACGCUGGGGCUUGCCCUGCACGAGCCGGAGGCGCUGCUGGCCGCCAUGCGGCCCAGUGAGGAGCACGUGGCCAGCCGCCUCACCUCUCCUAUUGUCUCCACCCACCUGGACACUCGCAACGUCGCCUUCGAGAGGAACAAAUGUGGUAUCUGGGGCUGGCGGUCUGAGAAGAUGGAAACCGUUAGCGGCUACGAGGCCAAGGUGUACAGUGCCACCAACGUGGAGCUGGUGACACGCACACGCACGGAGCACCUCUCUGAUCAGGACAAGUCGAGGAGCAAAGGGGGGAAGACUCCAUUCCAGUCCUUCCUCGGAAUGGCCCAGCAGCACUCCUCCCACAACGGGGGGCCUGCACAGCCGGCAGCCAGCCCCGCCAACCCCAUGGCCAUCUCCCCUGACGAGUACUUCGACCCCAACUUCAGCCUGGAGUCCCGCAACAUCGGCCGUCCCAUCGAGAUGUCCAGUAAAGUACAGAGGUUCAAGGCGACGCUGUGGCUGAGCGAGGAGCACCCGCUCUCCCUGGGCGACCAGGUGACGCCCAUCAUCGACCUCAUGGCCAUCAGCAACGCGCACUUCGCCAAGCUGCGAGACUUCAUCACCCUGCGCCUCCCGCCCGGCUUCCCGGUCAAGAUCGAGAUCCCCCUUUUCCACGUGCUCAACGCCCGCAUCACCUUCAGCAACCUGUGUGGCUGUGAUGAGCCCCUGAGCUCCGUGUGGGUGCCGGCCCCCGGCUCUGCCGUCACGGCUCCGGGUACCCCCGCCGGGGGCAGCCCUUUCCCCUGUGAGGUGGACCCCGCUGUGUUUGAGGUGCCUGAGGGGUACAGCGUGCUGGGUGCGGAGCGCAGCGAGCCCCUUCGUGACGAGGACGACGACCUGCUGCAGUUUGCCAUCCAGCAGAGCCUGCUGGAGGCGGGCACGGAGGCCGAGCAGGUGACUGUCUGGGAAGCUCUGACCAACUCCCGGCCCGGCACCCACCCUCCUCCGCAGGCCGUGGCUUACGAGGAGCAGCUUCAGCUGGAGCGGGCCCUCCAGGAAAGCCUGCGAAUAUCCACAGAGCCUGGGGGCCCAGGAUCCCCUCAGAGGACUCCCCCGGCCCCGGCCCCCACAAGCUUUGAGGAGCAGCUUCGCCUGGCCCUGGAGUUGUCUUCACGGGAACAGGAGGAGCUGGAGCGGCGGGGGCAGCAGGAGGAGGAGGACUUCCAGCGGAUCCUGCGCCUGUCGCUCACAGAGCACUGAGCGGCCCUGGCGGGCUGGGAGGGGGCCACCCCGCACCCACUUUUGUAACUUAUUUAUUUAUAAACUGUCUGCUGCUGAGCUGGGGGCCUGGAGCUCUGGGUGGGGGGGCUUAUGACGCAGACCAGGAUGGCAAUAAAGAGACCUUCGGCAGC